UUCAUAUGCAUUCAACUUCCCCUGCUCUCUCUCACUCUCUCUUCAGCUAUGGAGGAUUCUCGGAGAAUGCUUCCAGCCAUCGUUCUGCUCUUCCUGCUACUGAUCACCUCUGACAUGGGGAUGACAUCAGUGGAAGCGAGGAAGUGCGAGUCGGCGAGCCACAAGUUCAAGGGGCUCUGCUUUCGGGCCAGCAACUGUGCAAAUGUCUGCAAGACAGAAGGCUUCCAUGGAGGCCAUUGCAGGGGCCUCCGUCGCCGAUGCUUCUGCACCAAGCAUUGCAACUCUGCUACAUGAGCACAACAUGGUGAAAAUGAUGUCGAUGAUGGUGGCUAGGUUAUUGGUGGUGUCUCGACAAUAAAUUAUGUUAAGAGUCCAUCUUCCUUUCUUAUGCCAAGAGUUUGCUGUUAAAGCUGCCUUGAUCUUGUCCAUGGUUUCCACGUUGUUUGAAUCUUGGAUCUUCAUGAGAAUAAAGUCUUGUGGUUACUAUCAUUUACUA